GAGAGAAAGAGAGCCGCGGAGAAGAGAACCCUAAUUCGCUUACUGUUAUCGUUGAUUUUGUCGGAUCGAUAUCGGAUUGUCACCCCAAUUUUGGACGAUAAGAUUCUUGAAUUCCAAAAUCUAGUUUUCCCCUUUCUGUGCUGCUGUUUUCGAGAGAGAUUAGCUCGGAGAAUUUUACACAACGGCUUUUCAAGAUGAUUGUGAGCGAGAAGAUGGUGACCAAAGAAAUUGUCUGUCAGCAAAGCAUUCCCGUGUUAGAUGUGGAGUAUCAUCUUCGCGUAGCACAAGAGCACAACGUCAAGGUGGAGGUUUCGCCGAGAUCUUCUUCUGUUCCGAUCUUUGGCCAAGUUCGGGUUUCUUCUGAAUCAAUUUCUACUGAAACGCGCCGCUUCGAAACGGCUGAGAGUUGUCCUGAGAUAAUUAAUGAUUCCGUUAUAGAGAUCUCUUCAUCUAAGUUCAUCCCAAACGUCCGAUCUGGUAGCCAUUCUGAUAUUGGACGACGGCGAUAUAUGGAAGAUGAACACAUUCAAAUAGAUGAUCUCGCUUCCCAUCUUGGACUUGUGUUCAAGUCUCCAAUACCGUGUGCAUUUUAUGCAGUUUUUGACGGCCAUGGAGGACCUGAUGCGGCCGAUUUUGUUAAGAGGAAUGCUAUGAGACUAUUUUUUGAAGAUGCUAAUCUGCUGCUGUCAUAUGAUGGUAAUACAUUAUUUCUGAAGAAAUUGGAGGAUUCCCAUCGGAAAGCUUUCUUACUUGCAGAUCUUGCCUUGGCUAAUGAAGCAACUGUUAGGAAUUCCUGUGGGACAACAGCAUUGACCGCGCUUAUACUUGGAAGUCAUUUACUGGUUGCAAAUGCUGGGGAUUGUCGGGCAGUUCUUUGCAGAAAAGGAGUGGCUGUUGACUUGUCUCAAGAUCAUAGAGCAAGUUAUUUACCAGAAAAGAGAAGGGUGGAAGAGUUAGGUGGCUCCAUUGAUGAUGAUGGCUAUCUCAAUGGUGAUCUGUCUGUGACCCGAGCCCUUGGGGAUUGGGGUUUAAAAUUGCCACUUGGUUCUACUUCACCUCUUAUUGCUGAUCCAGAUGUUCUACAGGUUUCAUUGACUGAGGAUGAUGAGUUUUUGAUCAUUGGGUGUGAUGGGAUUUGGGAUGUGAUGUCAAGUCAGUAUGCGGUUAGUUUUGUUCGCCGCGGGUUAAGAAGACAUGAUGAUCCACAGCAAUGUGCUAGAGAUCUAGUCAAGGAAGCACUGCACUUGAGGACAUCAGAUAAUCUCACUGUGAUUGUUAUAUGUUUGUCUUCCGUUGGAAGCAUAGUUGAAUCAUUUCCACCCCAGAGGCGAAGAUUCAGAGCUUGUUCUCUUGCUGUUUCAGAGGGGGCUAGAGAAAAAGCAGCCAGCAGUUUUGCAAGGAUAGAUGACGACUGUGAUCGGUUUAGAACCAUUUAAUUAGGAGGUAUUUUCUGGGUUAUCUUGGUAUACAUGGAGGCAAUUGUAGCUAGGUUUAGUUGAUUGGCCUCUGCUAUGUGGAUUUGAUUCUUCAUUGUUGCUUCUGUGAAUAAGAGGAAAGAUUCAUACUUUUUGUCUUACGAAUACUUAUAAAGCUGAGUGGGAUGAGAUUGUUUUUAAA